AUGUUCGGCAACGUUCUCAACUGGUUCUCCUCCUCCAAGCAGGAGCCCACCAACGGCGCUACCUGGGACGCAACCACCACCUCCGUCCAGAACCAGCAGCCCACUAGCCCCGAGGCGCCCUCCACCGAGCGCGUCGCUGCUGAGCAGCCUAACUCCCAGGAGAACAUGAUGAAGCUCCGUGGUGGUGGUGCCGGCGAUGUCUGCUGCGGCGUCUGCGCCGGUCUCCUCUGCUUCGAGUGCUGCGAGGACUGCUGCUAA